AUGGGUGCGUACAAGUAUCUCGAGGAACUUUACAAGAAGAAGCAGUCUGAUGUCCUUCGUUUCUUACUUCGCGUAAGAUGUUGGGAACAAUUGAAUGUUAUCCAUCGAGCUUCUCGUCCUUCUCGUCCUGAUAAAGCUCGAAGAUUGGGAUACAAGGCCAAACAAGGAUAUGUUAUUUAUCGUAUCCGUGUACGUCGUGGUGGUCGUAAGAGACCAGUACCUAAAGGUGCUACAUAUGGUAAACCAACUAAUCAAGGUGUUAAUCAACUCAAAUAUCAACGUUCUCUCAAAGCAACUGCUGAAGAACGUGUUGGUCGUAGAUGUAGUAAUUUACGAGUUUUAAAUUCAUAUUGGAUUAAUCAAGUUAUUCGUCGUGAUCCAAAAAUUAAUUGGAUUGUUUCAACUAAACAUAAACAUCGUGAAUGUCGUGGUUUAACUAGUAUUGGAAAGAAAAAUCGUGGUUUAGGUAAAGGUCAUCGUUUCAAUAAGACUAAAGGUGCUGGUCGUCGUUCUAAUUGGCGUCGCCGCAAUACACUUUCUUUACGUCGUUAUCGUUAA